UUUUGGCCACCAGACGAAAAGUUGGCGCAGGAAAUAAAACGAAAGUGAAAGAAGCGUGUUUUUACAAGUUUACCGGCAUAAAUAGUUGUUUUGAUAACAACAUUUGUAAUUGGGUUCUGCUAAACAGCUAUUGUUGACUUGAAGUAAAUAGUAUGGUAGAUUUAAUGAGAUACCAACAUGACGACCAACAAGAAUAUAACAGCAUUAAAUACAAACUACCAGGUACACAGAAGUCCUUCUAAUGAGAAAAAGUUUGAUGGAAAUUCAGCAGAUUUAGUUUGGAUUUUAUAAUCACUGGGCUUUUGACAGGAUACUAUGGUGCUAAUAAAAAGAGAAUUCCUUUAUGUCAUGACAAUAUGAGAAAAACACGAUGACAGUCAGCAGAGAAAUGUAGUUUAAAUCAAAGAUAAGAAAAUGUAUAAGGAAGACAAAAGAUACCCGUUUCCUGAUUUAAAGAAACGUCUUGAUGGAGGGAAAACCUACAUUUCACACAGGAAGGACAGGGAUCCAGUCAGUAAAUUAAGUCAUGGAAUACGUCGUCUGGAAAAUAGAAUAUAUCGUUAUGAUGUAGAACAAAGGAGAUUAAUGGACGAAGAAUUUGAAAAUCAAGACUUUGUGCGGAAAAAAUUACAAUUCACUGAUGAUGAAGAUGAAACAGGGUUGGAUUUUACUGAUAAAAUUGCAGCUUUGAGGUCAAUUUUAAAAAGACCUCAAGGUCAAAAUGAUUACCAAAAUGAUGAAAUAAAUGGUGAUGCUGAUUUUGUUAGUCCAAGAUUACUUGGUGUAGAUGCUAAAAAUAGUAAAAAGAAGAGGAGUCUACAAGAAAGACAAGAAGAGGGAAAUGUAACGAAGAAACAAGUAGACGAAGAAUUAGCUAAAAUGUCUUAUCAAAAUUAUGAAGCUAUGCAACAUCUAGAAAAAUACUCUGGACUGUUAACAAGUGUUGGUAAUAAAAUUAAUAGGAAGAAAGAUCCAUCACCUAAAACAAAACUAGUGCAAGAUAACAUGGAAUUUGUUUUGAGUGGAAAAGACAAUCAUAAAUUGACCUCAAAUGGAUUAGAUUCAAAGUUCAAGGAUUUGGACCAAGUGCCCGAACGUGAUAAAGCAACUACUUGUAUAUAUAUUCAUAAUUACGAAUCCUCUCCAAAGUGCCAAAAUUGCCAUAGUAAUUUAUUAUGUAGAAAUUGCCCAGAUCAUAGCAGAUGCCAUAACUGUAUUCAAAAUAGUUCCUAUUCAAGUCGGCAAGGAAAUUUGACUUGUCCAAAAUGUUAUGCUCCUUUACUUGAAAAUGGUGCUUCUUUUGAUAACCCUUUGAGUUCUAGUCAAAGGAGUUCAAAGUUCAUUCAAAGUAAUGUGCCUCAUUUUGAUCCUUCAUGGGACGGAAUAAGUUAUGACGGGGAAAAUCAUAAGGGCAAGUAUUUAAGUAAGGAGAAAAAGAGAAAUGACAGAAAAAAUGAUAAGGAUUCUAGUCAUGUGAUUCAGAGCAAUCUGAAGCAAAGGACGUCUAGAAAAAGUAGUGAAAAAUCACAUAAAUCAAAACACACUUUUGAUAAUAAUUUAAAACAAUGUGAUCCAGGUGCUAUGACACUUGAUGAUUUAAGAGAACCCCCUAAAUCUGAAAAACAGAGAUACAAUCAGAGAGAGAAAUCAAAGACGAGAUAUUCAUCUGUGGAAAGAAAAACUAAAUCUAAAGCUAGAAAAAAAUUAGAGGAUGAAUUUGAAAGUUCUGAUUCAUCUCUCAAAGAAAAUUUUCCAAAUGGUAAAAAAAUCAAAAGCGAUGAUUCUUCUAGUCAUAAAUCAAAGUUUUCUGAUUCUCAAGAAAAAAGAUUAAAAUCAAAAGUUGAGGAAUUAUUUGGACUUCCUACUGGAGUUAUCGACCUAAAAAUUCCCAAGCAUUUACAAAAUAGUGGCCAUGGAAUAUCAGAGGAAAUUCAAAGAGAGAAAACUCAACAUUUAGGACAGAUACCAAAUGGAUUACUUCCCUUUUCUGAUAAUGAUGGCAGGCUAUCAGAUGGUAUAAGUGUUGAUGGGUCCAAUAAAUCAUCUGGUUCCCAGUCCUCAACUAUCCUGGCCGUAGAAUUACUACGGAAACUGUACAAUGUAGACACAAAAACCAGGGAAGAACUAAUAUUGAAAGCAAAAUGUUUUAGAAGAUGGUUGGAGAAUGUAAGAAGUUCUGCAUUGAAGGGUCAUGGGGUCAGCUUGGAGAAUGUAAAUUCUACUGAACAUGCCCAGUUGAUAGAGACAGCAAACUAUGGUGUUUGUUUACAGAGGGCAGAAAUUUUCAACAGAGAGCACCUUUUAAAACGGAUGCUAAAAACCUGGAGACGGAGAUGGAUAUCCCAUGCUGGAGAGAGAGCUGCCUAUACUCUCCACAAACAACACACUCUAAGGAAAGGAAUGAAUGCAUUCAAAUGGGCCAUCAGUAGGUCAAGGAUACAGAUAGAGAUUUUACAAUCCAGAGCUAGAGGUGCUCUCAUCAAUGCUACAUUUGUAAAGUGGAAGACAAGAGCUGAAGCUAAUAUAAAGAUGAGACUGGAGAUGUCAUUUGCCAGAUGGCGUGUAUUUACCUCAGAAUCACAAAAAAAGGACCUUAAAUUUAAUGUGGAGCUUUCAUUGGUGAAGAGAUUGAGAAAUGCUUUAGACAAAAAGUUACUGCAUCAGUCGCUAUAUCAAUGGAGUUGUCGAUUCCAGAUGAGACUGAAAGAGAAUGCAGCAGACCAUUACUUCAGGUCCUGCUUGUUAAAUCAAGCAGUAGAAUAUUGGAAACAGUUUACAACAUUGUCUAAAGAGAAGAAAUCUAAAAUGGAGAUUGCUAUGAAGCAACAUAACAGAAAACUGGUGAAGCAGACAUUUAAAACAGUUACUGUUGUAUACCACAAACACAGGGUGGCCAGGGAACAUCAUAGGACUGGAACAUUACACCAAGUAUUGACAGCCUGGCUACAUGUGACACAGAUCCUCAAGCAGGAAAGACAUAGAGAUAUGUUAGUCAGUAUAGAGCGCUGGACCAUGACUACUUUACAGAGCUCCUUUACUCAGUGGAGAGAGCACCUGCUAACACAGAGAGCUCAGAAAGCAUCACACAAAAAACUUGUCAGAAAUGCUUGGAAAAUAUGGAAGAUACAAUGGGAGACAAAUGUCCACGAGAGGAUUGAAAUAGAGGGUAAAAUUCGUCAUGAUGUUCUACAGGAGACAUUCGAGACCUGGAAAGAUAAUGUGGCUAGACUUAAGAAAAGAAGACAUGGUGCUGAGGUGUUUAUACAGAGGGCGCUAGUCAGACAGGUCAUUGAAGCUUGGCAUCAACAUACUAGUCAUCGUAAAAUGAUCAGAUCAAGGAAAGAGAGAAAGAGAGCCUUCAAGAGAGUAUUUGUACACAGAAUGAAUGAGGCUGUCCAAGUUAAAUACAUGUCAAUUUGGAAGAAAAGAUUUGAAGAUAAACUGGACUUACACAGAGCUAAAAGUUUCUGGUCCAAUACUUGUGCUAGGAAGGCAGCUGUGGUAUGGAGAACAGUUUGUCAUCAUAGGUUGUUAGAUAGAUUACUGGUAACAUCAGAACCACAUCGACAACUUUGUCUUCAGAAAGUCAUGUUUGACAGAUGGAAGGAAGCAAAGAGAAAGAUAGAUGAAGAGAAACAUAAAGCAGACGUAACGAGAGCCAUCUUGGAGACAUCACUUCUGAAACAACAUUUCAUCAAAUGGAAAGAGGCAGCAGAACAGAGGUUAAAGAUCAGACCUAUGUUAAUGAGACGACAAGGUUCACUGUUGUCAGAGACAUUUCUUUCAUGGCAUGGUUUGGUGCAGCAUAAAUCUGAAUGUAGAAAGAACAAAGUUCUGUGUGACAGGAAGAAAUUAAGAGCUGCUUUUGUUGACUGGAGAAAACAAUAUUUGAUCCAUCAAUUGGAGGUCAAGAUCAAAGCCAAGACCUCAACCAAUCAGCUGAGGCGUUGUAUAAUUGGUUGGUCUGCUGUUAUCAAGAGGAAGCAUUCUGCUGUUAAAUUCCACAAUCAACAGAUGGUAAAACAACUGUUCUAUUGCUGGAGAGGAAAAGCUUUUGAUCAAAUAAAGGACAAACAUGAAACUAAAGAAACCAAGGAACUUAAUAUGUAUUUGAUGAGAGAAUACUUUAAGUUGUGGCAUAAAAAUGUACAUCAGCAAAUACCAGAAAGAGAGGAGGCAAUACAGUUGAUGGAACAGCAGAGGGCAAACUUUAAGGUCAAGUCAUCUUUCCAGUCCUGGCGGAGACUUUUCAGAGCAACAAUUGUGGCAAGAGAAAACCAGAAGUUGUUGGUGAGAAGACAACUACAGAAGAUUAUCACAGAAUGGCAUGAUAUGACAAACUACAGUGUUAAAGAUGCUAUACAGAAGUUUGCUGUACAGCUAGGAUUACAGUCCCCAGAUGGGACCCCUGAAGGAUCUGUUGCUCUAGUUGACCAGUUACAGAACUUGACAGAUUUUGAUCAUACCGACCCUCUCUGGAGCUCCUUUACAUCACCAGCUCUUGGUACACCAAGGAGUAGAAGAAUGAGUUCCAGUCGAAUAGCUGUGGACUAUGACCCAGAUCAUAAACCUUCCAUGGCUGACACAUCUUUCUUGGACAAUAGAUUUGCUAUAGAACAUGCUGUCAGAACACAGAGGAUGAGGGAAAUUGUGACAAUGUUUAUCAAAAGAUUACGAUUCUGGCCUCUUAGUAAUGUAUUUGACCAGUGGAAGGAGUUUACAGCACGUCAGCGAGAGAUGAAGGCUGCCACUAAACAAGUGAAGGAACUACAUGUACAACUUCAGCAGAAAACGGUGUUCAGGAUAUGGAGAGAAACUUAUGAUGGAAGUUCUAAAGCUAAAGUUCAAAGUAAUUCCUCAUUACAAAGGAGAGUAUUUGAUGCUUGGUAUGACUUCAAAUGUCACAGUAAAUACAAGAAGAAGUUAUCUGCCCUUGCUCUACAUCAUAACUCAAUGAAGAUCUUCAGACAGAUAUUUCCUAUGUGGUUUGAAAAGGCAAAAGAGAAAAGACAUACAGAGAGGAUAGUCCAUCUGUGGUCAACAACAACUCCAGAGGAACAAGCUCUACUUCCAGUAGAGAGUUCUGUUAAAGGGAGAAUACAAAAUAAAACUCUCAAGAAAUGCUUUGCUAUCUGGAGCUUAAAGUACCAACGAAUUACAAAACUGAAAAAUGCAUAUCAUAGGAUUGUUCUCGAAAGAUGUCUACAUAUAUGGUUUGAUUGGUCGAGUCUGAAGAAAGAACAAAGAGAGAAAUGUAAUGAGUUUAAUACAAGAAGAUUACAAACACAGAUGUUCAAAACCUGGUGUGUGAGACAGAAACAGAUGACCUCUGUGAACAGGAAGCACCAAGAAUCUUGGGAAAUAUAUCAAUCAGAAAUUCUUCAAGUUUGGCACCAAUGGUCUAAAGCUAACAAGAAAAGGAGAGUAUUAUCUCAGAUAGUGACACACAUCAGACAGAGGAAUACAUUAUGUAGGAACUUUGUAAUAUGGAGAGAACAGACACAAAAACUACAACUAGCCUCUAAACUGUAUAAUCUCAAAUUAGUACAAAAAGUUGUCAUUGGCUGGCAUGAUGUCGCACAUACAAAGAAACAGCUAAAACAGAAAGUUCUCAACUUCCAAGUCAAGUCAUAUACCAAACUGGUAAUAAGGAUGUUUAAAACUUGGCAUGGUGCUUACGUGGACAGAUUACAGGAGUAUGAGGAACAUGAACAAUAUGUACAGCGUGUAGCUCUACAGAUGGCAAGAACAUGGAGAUAUAAAGCUCAAAAAGCUAGAGGGCAAAGGUUACUUCAGUAUCGCCAACAACUAGAGAUGAAGAAAUACUUUGAAAGAUGGCGUUACAACUAUGAAAGAAAUCUAGAGAGAGAACAUCAGUUGAAGAAACUUGUCGAUCGUAAAAAUUGGCAGCUUAUGGGAGCCUACAUGGAUAGUUGGAAGACUUCACUCCUGGCUAAACAGGCUAUCAGAUUAUAUAACAUGAAACUUACAGGAACAGUUCUGCAUUACUGGCACACAUUUACACAGAAAUCAAAGAGAAGAUUAGAAGUAUGUGCUGCCUACAAAGAAGCCUUAUCACAGAGACAUGUAAAAUCUUACUUUGUAUACUGGGUCAACAUGCAUAGAGCACAGAAAUCAGUCCAGGGACACUUCCAUCUCAAACUACAGAUUCAAGUGCUAAGAUCCUGGCGUGAUUAUACCAGGAGACAACUUCAUUUAAAGAGACUUGGAGCAAUAAUGACAUGUAAGGUCAAUAAACGGAUCGUCGGUGAUGUGUGGAUGUCGAUGAAAUGUCAGUUUGAUUACUACAACUCUCUCACUGAAACAGCAGAAAAGAUAGCAGAACAAAAAGAUGUAGAAUGUGUACAUAGUGCUUUACAUGUCUGGAGAGAGAGAUUAAACCGAGUCAUUGCUAGGCGAUGCUAUCACCUUUUGUUAGCACGUAGAGGGGUUAGGAAAUGGAGGCAGUUUGUAGCCAGGAAAAAUUUGGAAAGGAAAAUAGAUGAAGAGAAAAUGGACAAAGCUGUUAAUCAUCACAACAGAAAGAUAUGUUCUAUAGCCAUGGAAGCCUGGUUAAAUGAAAUGAAAGUUGUACAUCAUAUACAGUACCGCAAAAAGAAACUACUAAACAAAUUUGGGUCUCUUUGGAAGUACAGAGUGGAUUUAAUAUAUACAGCCAAAUGUGUUGAAAGUGAGAAUUUGAUGAAGACUGCCUGGAGAAGAUGGCGAGUGGAGUAUGCUAAGACAAUGCCUUUGACAAAAAUAGAGAACUUUGAGACCAAACAUUUGAAAUCCACAGUCUUUUAUGCCUGGAAGGACUGGUAUUUGAGAAAAAAGAGGUCUAAGAUUGCAAUGAAGAGAAGUCCAUCCCUAAACCAUUUGCAGAUGUCAAGGAGCUCAUCAUCAGAAUCAUUCUCAGCCAGACCAUCACAGAUUCCUAUGCCUGUAUACAGAGACAAUCAGGGAAAUAGUUAAUAUACUGCUGGGCGACAUUAAUUACCAGGGAAAUAGUUAAUACAUUGAAGGGCGACAUUAAUCAUCAGGGAAAUAGUUUAUACAUCACAAUCUGUAUAUAAAUCUGUUCAUUUAACGUAAAGUCUAAGUGAUUACUAGAACUAAUAGUAUAAGAUUGAAAAUAUUGUUAACCUAUGAGUGGGUGAAAGUGAGAUAUUAAAGAUUAACAUAUGUACAACCUAGAAUGGACUUUCCCAAAACCUGUUGUGUGUGUUUGUUAAUGGUUUUACAUGUAUGAUUCUAGACAGAAAAACUUGUGAUACAAUAUUAUUUUUCUGUAUUGAUUGUAAAUUAUUUUUCCAAAUGCCAGUUUUAUCAGGGUUAGAUUUUAAAAAAAAAUUGACUAUAACUAACACUCUUCCAUUCAAACAUGCUAGACUUCUAAGGAGUGCAUUACAAACCUCUCAUAGAUGAUAGGUGAUUUUUUGCUGAAUUUUAUUAUGAAAAUUAGUCUUUUAUCAGUAACAGUGGAUACUUUAAAAAGAUUUUGUGUUUACAUUCCUUUGGUGUGAAUUAUUGUGAAAGGAGUAGUACCGAUAUGUGAUAUUAAGUGCUAAUUAGUACAAGCCACAACUUAAAGUUGUUAACAAAGUGUGCCAAAAUAAGUUUGGACAAAGUUGUCUCCCCCUUGUCUGUGAUAUAUUUUUAAUACUUGCUCAUAGCUGCUAAAUAUAAAUUUAGAAUUAUAAAUGUAUAAAGAAUUUUUGUUAUGUUGUUUGUAAAUUUUGAUAAUUUAUUUUAUUUAUUUUGUUAGAUAUUAAUUUAUUUAUUGAUUGAGUUUGUGAUAGUCAUAUGCCAUAUAUUUUAUUUCAUGCAUUAUUCAGGGUUUUAGAAGACUUCUUGUUUUAUGGAGAACAAUUUGUGAUUUUGCUAUAAGGAAAUGUCUCUGAAAGGAGCUUAUAAAAGAUAGUUUUAGUUUUCAACAUCGAGAACAAUUUGUGAUUGCUAUAAGGAAAUGUCUCUGAAAGGAGCUUAUAAAAGAUAGUUUUAGUUUUCAACAUCAAUCAAAUCAAAAUGUCUUUGACUGAAAUCAACAUAUCAAAUGCAAUGCAUUAUGAUACAAAUCAAUUUUAAUUUGUUUUCUAAAUUAAAUUUGUAAAGUUUUAUGACCUGCACUUAUUUCAAAGUUUGAUAUGAUUUUGAAUUGUUUGCAAUGCACUAGAAAUGUGAAAUAGUUUGAAAUUUAUAGCUUUUUAAGAUUUCAAAUGUUUAGGUUUUACUAAAUGCACAUUGGUAUUUGAUUGGUCAAUAUGAAUACAAUGUAAUAUUAUAUGCAGGUUAACAGUGUGAUAAACUGCUGACAAUACAUAACACUUGUAUGCAAGUUGGUGCUUUUAAGAUACUUGAUGAAGAGAAAAUAAAAAUAUAAAUUUAA